AUGAUAUUUGGAAAAUGCAAAGUUACUAUUAGUAUAAUCUUCAAUGAUAUGAUUCGUAAACUUGCUAGGAAGUUUGGACAUGCUCUUGUGUUUGACAAGAAUCAGUUUUGGGAAAAAAACCUUGUGUGCUUCAUUCAAGCAAUCCUCAGAGCAGAUGGAACAUUUAUAAGAACAGCACGACCACUACAGUUCCAGAAAAGAGCUUACAGUGAGCACUAUGUGAAACUAGAGACUGGUAGACGUCAUGAUGCAUACAUAGAUAAGGCUUAUGCAAACUCCCUGUAUAUGAUGUGUCUCUUUAGACAGUAUUCUCCAGACCUGAGACACAAGGAUGUGAAUACAGCCAUGUCAAGUGUACGCAUUGUGAUGAAAAAUGAGUUCGCACAUAUUGGAAAUCUAUUUGCUUACAUUGAAUACCCACAGUCGCAGUGUAUCCUUCUUUGCCCUGUUGGAUCUUACUACCUUGUUGCAACAUUUUUGAAGAAUCUACAUAUUUGUUUCAAUAGAGGGAAUCGAACAAGUAAGAGGUUUGGUGUUGUUUCUCCAACAUCAGCAGAGUACAUCAGUGGUCUUCUAGAAAAUAUUUAA